AUGCCGUCUACUAAAAGCAAGAAUAUCAUCAUUACCGGCGGUGCGCGAGGGAUUGGUCGCUGCACAGCGCGACACUUGCUAUCGUUACCAGCAUCGCAUCGCGUUUUUAUCAUCGACUUCGACGCGGAAGAGCUUGAAUACGCAGUGAACACACACCUAGCCGCCUACGCACCACGCGUCAGCUCAUCGAUAACCAACCUCCGCAACCCAGAGGAAAUCCGUAGCGCAGUCGCCAAAGCCGCUGACUUCUUCGGCGGCCGCAUAGAUGUGCUGGUCAAUAAUGCCGGAGUAGCUCGAGGGUUCUUCAACGCAGGCAACGGUACUAUGGAGGACCUUGCUACGGGAGAGCAAUGGGAAGCGUACAUUGCUACCAAUCUCAGUGCACCCUUCUACAUGAGCCAAGCCGUCAUCCCUUUCAUGAAGAGCCAGAACACACAGAAAGAUGGUACACCAGGAGUUGAUCGGUCGAGGGAUCUGAAGCGUACGGAGGAAUUCAACCAGUUGCCACUGAACCUUCAUGGCGAGGACAAGUUGGAAGAGGGAGGCUGCAUCAUCAACGUUGCCUCCUUUCGCGCCCAUCAGUCAGACCCGGACUGCGAAGGCUAUGCUGCGAGCAAAGGUGGCGUGUUGGCCCUCACACAAGCCAUGUCUGUUUCGUGCCAGCGCUGGGGUAUCCGAGUCAUGGCCAUCUCGCCAGGUUGGGUCAGCGUGCAGCACGAGUGCAAAGCUCGUGAUUUGCAGAUCAAAGAGACGCAGAACGGAUCAUAUAAAGAGGUUGCGCCGCACGAGGAGGACGCGGUAAAGCUGAGGAUGAAGGCUUGGGCAGAGGAUCUGGACGAACUCUAUCACAAGCAACAUCCGGCCGGCAGAGUGGGUAGGGGAGAAGAUCUUGCUGAAAUGGUUGAGUACGUCAUGGGUGCAGGUUUCUUGAGUGGACAAGAGUUGAUCUUGGAUGGUGGUGCGAACCGGAGAAAGAAUCCCAAUAUUUGA